AUGAAUUGGAGAGAGAAGAUCAGAGAGGAGGAAUUAGAUGAGGAGAACAGCGUUGAUGCAUCCGUCGUUCUCUGGAUUGUUCGUCACUUGGGCGAAUUUUCCCCAGACAACCUGAAAGAAAUGGAGAAAGUUUAUAUGAAGUUGAGAAGUGGAGGAAGGCAGGUGGAAAUAGGAGACAAAGCGGCAAUUGCAGAGCUAGGAGAACGUAACAAAGAAGAAAAAGCUUUCCCAACGAUGAGACGGGAGAUUAACAACAAGUUCGAAGAAGGAGGGGCAGCGACAAGGAAUGAGGGCGAUCGAGAUGUUGAGAGGGAAGGAAAGUUCAAGGAUAGCGAAAAAGGAGCAUGGAUUCUCUCAGAUUCAAAUUACAUUCUUCACAGGAAAUCCACGUCGCUUCCGGACUUCCCCAAUUCUUUUUCGAUGAGUCGUAGCACUACUACGAGAACUGAAGAACUCGUGCCACGUGGCACUUCGGGUCCGAAAGAGACUCAGAAUUAUUGGGGAUUCGCCAAUUUCCCGAAUCAAGUUUUCCGGCGAGCCGUCAAAAACGGAUUCGAUUUCACGUUGAUGGUUGUUGGCCGAAGUGGACUCGGAAAAUCCACGUUCAUCAACACACUUUUCUUGGCUGAAAUCAAUAAUCUCAACGAGAAAGAGUCGACUCCAACACCUCUUCCAUCAACAGUUCGUGUCGAAGAGAAACUUGUGAAGUUGACGGAAAAUAGUGUGUCACUCAAUUUGACACUUGUAGACACACCCGGUUUCGGUGAUGCUGUGAAUAAUUCGAAAUGCUGGGAGCCCAUUGUGAACUACGUCGAGAGCAAGUUUUUCGAACAUUUCUGCGAAGAGACUCGCAUUGAUCGUGGCGAUAAACCAAUCGAUAAAUGCGUCCAUCUCUGUUUAUACUUCAUCGAACCGUCAGGACACGGACUGAAACCAAUCGAUAUCGAGUUGAUGAAACAUCUCCACGGAAGAGUGAAUAUAGUUCCAGUCAUUGCAAAAGCUGACUGUCUGACUCGCGAUGAGUUGCGCCGUUUCAAAACGCAAAUCGUGAAAGACGCAGAGGCGGCUGAAAUUAAAUUAUACAAGUUCCCAGAACUCGAGGAUCCUUCGGCAGACAAGACAACUGCGGAGAAACUGCGAAAAGCGCUUCCGUUCGCAAUUAUUGGAUCGAACACUCUGAAAGAGAAGGAUGGACGACGCAUUCGCUAUCGAGAGUAUCCUUGGGGUACUGUAGAAGUGGAGAACAUGGAGCAUAACGACUUUUUGACACUUCGCGAUAUGAUUAUUCGAACUAAUUUGAUUGAUAUGAUUGAUGUGACGAGAAAUGUUCAUUACGAGAAUUUCCGAUUCCGUCAGAUGGAGGGUCUCCCGAAAAAUGAAAAUAAUCGCGAUCCAUUCACUCAUUUGGAAGAUGAAAGACGUCAAAAAGAGGAGGAGUUGGCAGAGAAACGAGAGACAUUGGAGAAAGUUUUCAACGAAAAAACCGCGGCUCGCCAGAAGCGAAAUGUCGAAAGAAUGUCGUCACUCGAUGAGAUCGAACAACAGAAUAUGCAGAAACUCGACGCAAAACGUGCUGAAAUCAUCCGUCUUCGUCACGAAAUCGGUGAACUUCGUAACGGGACACUGACGUCUUCGCAGACGUCGUUGGCGACGUACAACGAGAAUAACUCGCAGAAUUCAACGUUUAAUUCCACUUCUAAAUCCUCUCCUCCACCGACCGCCACGUCAUCAACUUCUGGAACAAUGAAGAAGCGAAUGGGUGGUCUCGGCCUUUUUAAUCGGAAUUAA